GCGGAUCCCACAUGAGCGUUAAAACUUCAUACUACUGUGCUCUCUAAAAUUCAUGAGUUCGAAAAAAGGUUAAAAUAGAGGACGGUUUUCAUUCGAUAUAAAAGUAAACAUAAAAAUGAUAAGUUAUAAACAGUGUAAAACGCGCUGUCAUCAGAGUGAGGGCAAAAUGGAUUAUAUGCAACAGUUAUUCGAGCCAGUAUAUCUGAUUGCCGCUGUCAUAGUCGUGCUAAGUUUCUUGUAUAUUAUCAAAGGAAAGAAAUACACUAACCUUCCUCCGGGACCGAAACCAUGGCCAAUUAUAGGUAACAUAUUUGAUGUCAAAGGAAAGGGAGCACUGUAUGAAGUUGCCUUAAACUUACGACAGAAGUAUGGAGACAUAGUUCGGCUAAACCUUGGUCCGGGUAACAAUAUUGUGCUAGUUAUCGGACAAGAGAAGAUAUUCAAGGCAGCUGUCACGAUGAACGAGUCAUUUAAAUACAGACCUACAAAUUUUGCUGCUACAAAAUAUAUUUUCAGAAACAAAGGACUUCUUCAAUCGAAUGGCGAUGUUCAUUCUAGUGUAAGAAAAUUCACACUAAACGCAUUGAGAGAUUUCGGCGUUGGGAAACGAAGUAUCGAAGGUCGAGUUCAAGAGGAAGCAGUUAUUUUAAGUGAAGUUUUAGAGAAACUAGAUGGAAAACCAGCAUAUCAUCUCGAUACCUUUAAAAUGGCCGUCGCAAAUAUUAUUGCAGGAAUUGUCUACGGAAGCAGAUUUGAGUAUAAUGAUCCGACUUUUACUGAUUUGAUUCACAAGAUCGAUGAAAUAUUCAAAGAUCUAAGCGUAUUUCUUCCGGAAAACUUCUUACCCAUAUUGCGAUUUCUUCCGGGAUCAAAGCUAAGCAAAGUGCUAGCAAAUGUCAAAAGUAUUGAAAAGUAUGUCAAAGGUCGUAUUGAAGAGCAUCGGGAAACGUUUGACCCCGACAACAUCCGGGACUUUGUUGACCUGUUUUUAAAGAAUGAAGGCGGAAGUGGAGACGACGCUAUAAAUGAAGUCAAUUUAUUCCGCCUGAUUGUCGACCUCUUCAAUGCCGGCACUGAUACUACUGCCACUACUAUGACCUGGGCAAUCAUCCAUCUAAUUAAGCAACCGGAAGUCCAGAAAAGAUGCAGGGAUGAGAUUCUCGAGGUUGUUGGUACAGGACGAAGCGUUAGUCUUGAUGACAAGAAAGACCUUCCAUAUUUACAAGCUUUUAUUGACGAGGUUCUACGGUAUAGUUCAAUUGCACCACAAACAGUUCCCCAUUCUGUAAUAGAAGACACAGAGUUUGAAGGUUACACCAUACCUAAAAAUAGCGUCGUAAUAUUCGUUCUCUUCACUAUGUUGAUGGACAAAGACAAGUGGGGAGAUCCGGAUAAUUUCAGACCUGAGAGGUUCCUGUCUGAAAAAGGCGAAUAUGUUCAAGACAAGGAACACUUUGCACCGUUUGGUUUGGGUGGAAGGUCAUGCGUUGGCAAGUUUUUAGCAAAACAGGAGCUAUUCAUAUUUCUUGGAACACUGAUACAGCGGUUUGAGUUUAAAUCUCCAACUGGAAGUCCUCCGCCAUCAACACGAAGAAUUCAGACGGGAAUAACCAGUCAACCUGAAAGAUAUGACAUAUGUGCUAUACCACUAAAUCAUUGAAGCGUUAAAUAUGAUGUUAUGACAUCGGUGCUACAUUACUAAACCAUUGAAGCGUAAAACACAAUAUAAUACUGUAUAUACUAUUUCACAAAAUCAUUGAAGUGUAAAACGCAUUGUAAUGACAUACUGUAUGUGCUAUACCUCUAAAUUUUUGAAGCCUAAAACGCCUGUUAUGACAAAAAUGCUAUACCACUAAAUCAUUGAAGGUAAAACAUGAUUUACAUCAUGUUGUGACAUAAAGUGCUAUAUUAGUGAGAAACAUGAAGUUCUAACAUCGGUGCUUUACGACAUAAUCGUUGAAAUUUAAACACACAAUGAUUAAAUCCGUGUUACAUUAUCAGAAAACGGUAAGACUGUAUAGCAGGAAAACUUAUCUCGAAGCAAUUUCUAAAAUCUAAAUUCACGUUAUUGGACGAUGCCCUUUAAAGAGUGAUAACCUCACUUUAAAGGGCAGGUAACUCACAAACUUUUAUAGUGACCCCAAAAUUGUUUACACAGUUGAUAAGUUCUUUAUUGCGUAGCAUUGUUAAAAGUAGUAUUUAUUUUAGCUUUUUUAUAUUAACCCUUGUAAUUUGAGAGCCUUAUGACACUUUUGAAUGUUUGUUCUUGAUAUUUACGUGUUGAUUCACUCGUAGAAAUGUAGUGAAUCGGGUCAUUGCUAUCAUAUUCUAUUAUUAUGAUACAUGACAUGAUUCAUAACACAUUUUAGAUGUUUAAAAUGUAUUGUAUGCAUGCACAUGAAAUAAAUGUAUGUUUUGUCAAAAUUUAAUCUACAGGUACUUAUGAUUUAACUUCACAUUUAUUAUCUUCACGAGAAUUUGAAAUAUAUUCAAGUCAGAAUCCACACUGUGAUUGAAAUAUUGAAAUAACAAUAUUGUCCGUCUGUACAUGAACCUGCAUCUAUAAAUUGUAUAUCUGCGCAACAUCUAAAAAAGCUAUCUAGAUUUCAUAAAAAAACUCAACAUUUGAUCAAAAUUUUGUGAAUAGGCUUAAAUUUACUGAUUCUUUGUACCCCCGACAAACAAAGUUAGAGGGGGUAUUUAAACGUGUUAUUUGUCUUGGUCAUAUCAAAAGAUAUACUUGAAACUUGAAAUAUAUCACUUGCCCCUCACCAUUGUGGAUUUAAUCCCGUCAGGAACUUAGGGUUCUUACGUGUGAGAAAGCUAUCAUAGCUUACGGGACGUCGACAGUUGUACUCUGGUGACCGCUCGUGCCUGAAAUAAUGCACGGAAGGUCAUCUGAAGUCCCCAUCCACCAGUAUAGAUAUAACAAAGAAUAAAGAAAAGUAACAGGAAUGUAUAAAAUAAUGGUGAAACCCCUGUUUAUUCAUUGCUAAAUGAUUUCAAAAUAACAUGCAUAAUGUGCGGCACACGAAAUCAAUGUGUACAAUAGGUUUUGAUUGUGCAUUGUAAAUAUAACAUACAUUUGCAAAGGGUUCAUGA